CUAAACUAUUCUGUGCUCCUUUACACCUUUCUCAGCUUAUGUCCUCCUCUGUAAGUCGCUUUGGAUAAAAGCGUCUUCUAAAUGCAAUGUAAUGUAAUGUAAAUUCCCAUUGAUGACGCAUAUAUGUGUGCGACACACUCGCAGCCCAACAAACAUGGCGGAAGGCGGCAGCGAGGAGCUCUUUCCUCACACUCCAGCCGCCAAUCAGACACUCAGAACGGUCAAACCUCCACAGACAGCCUGAAAUGUCUCUGAAGCAGAGACUAUCCAGGUGGAUUCACGGACUAAACUCUGAUAACCUACCUGUGUGUGUUCUCACUUUGUUUAUUUCAUGUCUGAUUCGCAAUUUACACCGCAGAAUAAUGACACGAAGAAGUUUAAUUUGAUUUGUGUCUGAUGAUUAGGGAGCGAGCGACCAAGAUCAACAUCACCCAAACGUCCCCAUCACUGGAACAAGACCGAAAAAAAAUGUCCAGUUACUUACUACCAUGUUUCACCAACCACUGGACACAAACACCAGUAGAGUAAAAAAAAUUACAGAAGCAAUUGGAAUUUAUAUUGCAUCCGCUAUGCGCCCAUACUCCACUGUAGAAGAGGCAGGGUUCAAAUACUUAUUACAUGUGCUCGAACCCCGUUACACUAUGCCAUCCCGCUGCCAUGUGAAACAAACAGUAGUCCCUGGCAUUUACAACAGGACAAGACACGUAGUGGAGCAGGAGUUGUCAGGUGCACAUUCAAUUGCUCUCACAACGGAUUCGUGGACUCGCGCUACGGAAAGCUUCCUCACAGUAAUACUACAAACGCGUCCCUUGCAUGACCAGCACACAAGCAGUCACCUCGCUGAGAAGCUAAAUGAAGCUGUGUCAGAAAGGAAUCUAGAAAGGCCUGGGAUGACCAUAGCAGUGACCACCGACAAUGCGAGAAACAUUGUUAAUGCCAUCAGUGCAGCAGGGCUAGGUCCGCACAUAGCAUGUUUUGCCCAUACUCUCAACCUGGCCACUAAGAAAGCACUGGAAGUCAAGCAGGUAUCGCAUGUACUUGCAAAAAUGAGAUCGACUGCAGCCUACAUUUUGGAAUCCAAACAGAACAUGCUUGAUUUGCCAAACCACAGACUCAUCAUUGAUGUUGCCACACGCUGGAACUCAAGCUACGAAAUGGUCGAGAGAUACCUAGAGCAACAAGCUGCUAUUUACUCCGCCUUGACAGAGAAGAAUGUCAGGACCAAGGACAUCGCAAAUCUUUCAGAUCAGGAACUGUCCUAUGCAGAGAACAUAGUUGAAGUUAUGAAGCCAUUGAAGACCAUCACUGCAGUAAUUAGCACAGAAACAUCCCCAUCUUUUUCGAUGAUCCUGCCCCUGCAAACUACAAUCCUGAAAUCCACAGAAAAAAAUACAGCUGAUGCUCCAAUUGCAAGAGACAUGAAAAAUGCCAUCAGAGAAAACUUUCAAGGCCGAUAUGAUGAUCCAGACCUCCGGGACUUCUUAAAUAAAUGUACAGCACUGGACCCCAGGUUCAAAACACUCAAUCACUUGGAUCCAGCUUGUCAUCAGAAAGUCCAUGAAGAUCUUAUCAGAGAAGUUCUGGGCAGAGCAGAACAGAAAUUUUCUAGUUUGAUAUAUUGCAGAAUGAUUACCCCCUGUCUGCAGAGGAGGACAGUCUAUCAACUUCACAGGCCACUGCUUUGCCAGUGAUGGCAGAAGAGUCAGAGGUAUCCUCCCCCCCGCCUCCUUCAAAGGGGUCAGCAAUGGAGGAAAUCUUUGGCUCACUCUUCUGCACUGAUCUGAGGAACCAGCCUAAUUUGAAGCAAAAGUUGAAGGAAGAAGUCUGUGCAUACAUGGCAAAGGAAUGCACCUCAGUUGACUCUGACCCGCUCUCCUGGUGGAAAUACCAUGAAUAUCUGUAUCCUAAUCUAGCUGUACUGGCAAAACGUUACCUGGCCAUACCUGCUACUUCAGUGCCCAGUGAAAGGGUUUUUUCAACAGCAGGUGACAUAGUUACUGCUACCAGAUCUGCACUCAGCACUGACCGUGUAGACAAACUUGUUUUUUUGAAGAAAAACCUUGAGCCACCUUCACCCCCGAGCCUUUCCAAGCCGACCCAGAGCCCGUCGCGGUGCACAGCUGCGGAGGAAAUGCGCCCAGCCAAAAAAUAGGCCAUCUUUAGAGGGAUUGUUUGGGAUCGUUAAAUGGGCCACUCCAAUUGUUCACGCGGGCCGGAUGUGGCCCGGGGGCCGUAGUUUGGAGACCCCUGGUUUAAACCUUUGACAGUAUUAGUGACAGAGCUUUAAGGAUCUGAAAAGUGAAGUCUUCUUUCUACUUCUAAUUCUAUUCUGCCAGCAAAGGGCAGUGCCACUGUUCUAAGUCUGAUUGUGCACAAGUGAGAAAUGACCCUAUUUCUCACUUGAUUUAUGACCUCAGUAAACAGUUUCCUCAUGAGUUCAUGGUCUCAGUAUUCAGUUUUAAGUCAUCUUCCACACAACACAAUGUUCAUUUUGCAAGUUAAAGCUCCAUUCAGUGGAGAGUAAACAACAAACUGCUUUAGAGGAUGGUUACUCAAUGAGUCUAUUCAGCACAACACACCCAACAAGUCAGUUAAAAAAUUUAAAGCUUUGCAGUGUUGAUCCAAUAUCAUGAUUCUCUUAGAUUGCCAAUUUCUAGGCUCAAAUGUUUCAGUGCACUGUUAAGCUAUAAUUCCAGUAUGUUUAUAGGUAGGACAUUUUUCAUGUUUGAAAACAGAACCAAAACCAAGUGGAGCCCAACUUAUAGUACAUCACCAACCAAUUGCAUUCUCUUGUCCAAACAUGGUCACUUCUGGCUCUGCAAAAAACUAAUGUUCAUAAUGCUAAACUCAAGGCUUCAAAACAGUUGUCCAAAAACCAAUGGGUGCAUCAUGGAAGUUUAACACUUGGUUUACACGGACAGGUAAGGUACAACCUGUAAAUAACUUCAACCUCAGGUUCUUUAGAGGUUGACGUUUAGCAGUCUAAGCUAGACAAAUCAACUGGUAAUCAUGUCCUGUUAGUCAUAUAUAGGUUUUUUGUUUAAUUCUGAUAAUACAUCUACAGUACAAGCCUACCAGGACAGACCCACUAAGGAAUGGAAAGGGAACACUGUGCAAACAGAAUUCUAUACUAAAAAAUGAAGUGCAUUAAUUUAAGACCGGCUUUUUCACCUUGAAAAUGCACUUUCUGAAAAAUUGAGGACAUGCUUUCAGCCACAGCCAUGAUAAAGCUGACUGCUGACCUGCAAACUUCAUAUCUGCAAGCUUUAUAUCAUGCAAGUUUUUAAUAUGAAAAACCUGGGAAGCAGAAAUCUGUUUGUGAAAUAACAUCAGACUGCACCAAGCAAGAAUGGAGGGGUGCGUGCAGGUAGGUAGGUAGGUAGGUAACGUAUGUCCUAUGCUAUAGCUGUAGACCUGCCAUCUGAUUGAUGUGGCACAAGGAAUCAAACACACAGUGCAAGCAACAGGCCACAGGGACAGAGCUUAUUAAUAAGGGGAAUUACGUCAAGCCUGAAUCGGGCAAUGAGGGAGUUUAUAUGCUCUGAUGCACUAUGAUGCAAUAUCCGCUCCAGUUCUCAGAGGACUGCUCAGAAAAUCUGACUGUUCAAUGAGACUUAGGUUGAUAUAAUGCAGUAAAGAUGUCAAAUAUCAGGCAGAGUACUACAUAGGAGCCAUUGUUGCUAUCUUCACCUCCCAUAAAAUUCAAAAGGACAUAUUAAACUCACUAUUGACACAUUCAGGACACUUGCCCUGUUUUUUCCAGAUGAUGCUACAUUGUAAACAAUGUUGUCAGAGUAUGUGUUGAACUGAGCAGAUAGCAGUGUAGCGUUAGCAGCGUUGUGAUAGCAAUUUGCUAACUAGUCUCUGUCAUUUUCCCUUUUAAAAUUCACUCUAAUGUAAAUUUGGUAUUAAUGGUCCACGACCAGCUGUGGGUCCCAAGGACUUAAUGCAUUGAAAACAUAUCAACAUCAGUGAGUAGCUGUGAUUAGGCAUAGUCUACUAUGACAUCAAUAAGCUGUGUUAAUGCUGCUGAUCUAAUCUGAUACCCACUGUGUUUUUUCUUCAUGUGCACCAUGCCUAUUUAGAGAAUCUGUGUCAGAUAAAAUGACAGACACUCGACCGGAGAAGGGAAAUUAUGAAACGAGGAUUGAACACAAGACUCUGAGGCAGUCCAGUGUAGAACUGGAGUUUAGACCCAUGCAUCCCUGGUGUUCAAGGGACG